UAAAUCAUUAGCAAUAAAGAUGAAGGUUGAUGAAGUAAAUUAUAUUCUAUUAGUUGUUGAUGAAGUAAAUUAGAUUGUAUUAUCUACUAAUAGAUUACAGAAUUAAAUUUUAGAGAUUGAUAGAAUUUAGAAAAGAUAAGCAAUCACGAAUAUCACGAUCUACCUUACAUUAUUAUUAUUUUUUUUUAUUUUUAUGAAUUUAUAAAUUUAUAUUAAUUAUUUUUAUUUUUAUUUGGUAUUUCCUACGAUUUGUUCAUGAAAAUGAGAUUUCAAAUCAUUGUAGAAGAAAGAAGAAAGGAUCAAAAUCCCCGAUUUUUCGAAUGGAAAAUUCAAUAAAUUCAUCAACUUUUUGGUUGUGGGGACUGAACCGACGCCUUGAUUUUGAAUUUCUUCAAAUCCCAUUCCUUUUCUUAUUCGGUUUCUUCAUUCACCAACUUUUUUUUUAUAUAUAUAGGGGAACAAUUCACUGUUUCUGCUCAACAAUCACAACCCCGGAAUUUACAGAUUUCAGUUUCAUUUUCCCAAUUAGGGUUCUUAGUUUUUGAUUGAUUAUUUUCAUUCAACACUUUCUCCAGCUUCAUUGCUACUCGAUUCAGGUUCGUUCUUGCCUUUUGCAUGUCGAAUCAUUAGUUAUUGUUUUGAUUCUUUUUCUUGAUUUUGAUUGAACUGUAUGUGGAUUUCUGUGCGUGAUUUCCGGGCUGAGUGAUUAUCGUCGUUUAAUUUCAUUGGUGAUUUGUCGUUUUUUUUUUUUGUUACAAUUUAAAUUGUUAAUUAUUAUAAUUAUUUUGUUUUCUUUUUCUUUUUUGUUUUAGGGUUUACCAUAUGUUUCUAAUUGUUUAUUUGUUGUUGUGGCGGUGGAGGAAUGUGAGAUUCGAUUCCAUUCGAUUCGUCAUUGAAGAAGUUUCUGUUAAAUUGUCGACGCUACUUGAAUCAAAUACUGUACUAUGUUCGAUUUCCUUUAAUGGCAGCUUACUCCAUGACGCAAAAUUUUCGAUCAUCUCAUUUUCAUAUGCAAUCGCAUCGUGCUCCUCAACCAUUGCUAUUCGAACGAUGUUGUGGAUUACCCAUUACUGGAGAGCUUGUUCUUCGUGGGUUUUCAGGAAAUAGAUGCACUGGAUUUGGUCUUAAAGCUUGUGUUCAAUCUCCCAAAGAUAAUUACAGUAACGGCUCGUUUGGGUUAAAUGCUAAGGGCCCAACACUUGUUCGUCGUCCACAACUGCUUAACAGUGUUGAUAUUGAUUUAGUUGAUGGAAUUGAUCGUAGAUUUUCUUCUUCUGUUCAUGAGGAGCCCAAAUGGGGAAAUCCUUUAACGUUCCAUGAAUUCUCUUCCAGGGAUAAACUUGUUGUUGCUGUUGACAUCGAUGAGGUUUUGGGAAACUUUGUCUCGGCUCUUAACAAGUUUGUUGCUGAUCAUUAUUCUUCACAUCAUUCAGUUUCGGAGUAUCAUGUCUAUGAAUUCUUCAGGAUAUGGAAGUGCUCUCGUGAUGAAGCUAAUAUUCGAGUUCACGAGUUCUUCAAGACACCAUACUUCAAGACAGGAAUCUGGCCUAUACCUGGAGCGCAGAGCACACUCCUCAAGUUAUCGAGAUUUUGUCACCUAUCAGUUGUAACGUCUCGACAAAAUGCAAUUAAAGAACACACGCUAGAGUGGAUCGAGAAGCACUACCCAGGGCUGUUUCAGGAGAUUCACUUUGGAAAUCACUUUGCUCUAGAUGGAGAAUCCAGAUCAAAGGCAGAAAUAUGCAAGUCCUUGGGAGCAAGUGUGCUAAUUGACGACAACCCAAGAUACGCAAUCGAAUGCGCUGAAGCAGGGAUUCGAGUCCUACUUUUUGACUAUGAAAAUUCUUAUCCAUGGUGCAAGACUGAGUGUGGGAAUCUGCCUCCAUUGGUAACUAAAGUUCAUAAUUGGGAAGAAGUGGAGAAACAUUUAGCUUCAUGUGUUCUUCCUUAGGGUUUAGGAAUUAGAAUUUUUUUUUUCUUUUUUCUCUCUUUUUUUUUUUUUUUGAGAUAAAGAAAUUAGAAGUUAAAUAUAUAUUUUAACAACUGGCUGCUUUAUUUAAAAACAUGAAAUGUGGGAUUUUGGUGGUUGGUGGAGGUAGUAAGAAUAUUGAUGUAAUUGUUUAUGGGGUUAGCAUUAAACCCAACUUUCAUUGUCCCAUAAUUUAAUCUCCUUAAUUUUCUAACAAA